CCUGUACUGGUCGACUACAACCAAAACACGCGCGCUCAUCAGAGCCCACACUCUCACCGUUCACACCAGACACUAUGUAAUUGCGACUACAGACGCCUCGUUGUUUCGUCGCGACGGGGGUUGAGGCUCUAGCUCUGCUAUGGGUUAUCCACUUCCUAUGAAUGCAUAAAUGGCGCGUAACGUUUGGGACUGUGCCGUGAGCCUGCAAUUCCUUGUGGAGUUUGCUUCGAGCAUUCCAGAGCACUACACAACAUCUGACGUCGUCGAGCAUAUCGUGAAGCCGGCUACUGCGGAAGCAAAAUGCCGUUAUGUGGACCUGGUCCCCGCCGGCCACGUGGGCCAUUCCACCUAUUUCAUAUCCCACCGCUGGGGCUGCAACUUCCGGGCCGAGCUGGUGGCGGUGUUGGUGCAGCGCUUUGGAUCUCACGCGGCAGCGCCGGCGGCACCCGUGGCGUCGGCAGGGGCUACAGAGGCACAGACGGCGCAGGAACGGGAUCAGCAGCCGGGAGCCUCAUCAGUGUCGCAACCUGCACCCCUGCCGAACGCAAACGGCCCAUGUGGCACUUUUCCUGUCGAUAAUGCGGAAGCUGCAGCAACAACAACACCCGGAGCCGCAGAUGGAGCCGCAGAGUCGGCAGCAGAGUCGGCGGAGCCGCACGCCGCGCACGCCGCCGCCGGGCCACCGGCUCGCGCAGCCGCGGCCGAGGCGGCCACAACCACACCGCCACCGCCAACACCGGCAUCAAGCGUAUUCCUGUGGCUGGACAUAUUCGCAGUCAACCAGCAUCCGAACACCACGCAGGCAGACGACCUGGCAAACCUACAGAAUGUGAUCAAGCACAGCGAGGCCACAGUCAUGCUGCUGGACGCCGGGGGCGCAGUUCUGACACGCAUUUGGUGCCUGUACGAGGCCUGGAAGACGGCGGAGUACAAGGGCACGGGCGGACUGCGGGUGGUGGCGCCGCCCACCGCCGUCAACUACGGAGCCCUGGAGGGCGUGUUCGUGCGGCUGGACGUGCGGGCGGCGGAGGCCACGGUGGAGUCUGACCGGGUUCGUAUCCUGGCCGAGGUGGAUGCCAGCAUGGGGGCGGCGGCACUCAACGUGUACAUCAAGGGUGCGCUGGUGGACAGCGCUGUCAUUGAGUCCAACGCCGCCCUGCCAGCCGCCUCCGCCAUCGCCAAGCCCAUCCUGGAAGCCAUCAGCGCCCUGCGACAGAGGGAGCGGGAGCAGCAGGCAGCGGCUGCAGCGGCAGCGGCUGUGGCGGCGGUGACGGAGGGAGGCAGCGAGGCGGGCGCUGGUGCUGGUCCUGGGGCUGUCCCCGGCACAGAUGCGCAGCCACCUACCGCUACGCUGGCGCUGACGACACCCCCAGCGCCGCCGCCGCCGCCGCCGCCGCCUGAGCCCAUGCCGCUGAGUCCGGCUGACGGGGCGGCGCUGCUGAGCGGCGCGGCGGCCUGCUUCCGUGCGGCCCGCAUGCUCCAGUUUGUGGCCAACCUGCGGGACGCCGAGAUGCUCAUUCGCGAGGCGCUGGGUCUGUUCACGGCGGCUGAGGGCGGAGGGGGCGGGCCCAACAGCCUGGCGUGCCUGCAGGCCCUGGCCAACAUCCUCAUGCCCAUGAAGGGCCGGCUGGAGGAGGCGCGGGCGGUGCUGCACACCACCCUGCAGCUCAGCGUCAAGGUGCACGGCCCCCGGCACGAAUCCACGGCCGCCCUGCUGAACGACCUGGGCCUGCUGGCCUUCUGGCGGGAGGACUGGGCGGAGGCGGAGCAGCACUUCAAAACGGCGCUGGUCAUCUACGGCGAGCGUCAGGCCGCCAUGCCGCCCGCGGCGCACACGGAGGCGGUGCUGGCGGCCACCCUCAGCCUGGGGGUGGUGGUGGGCAAGCAGGGGCCGCACCGGGCGGACGAGGCGGAGGCCACACUCGCGUCCGCCCUGGCCGGCUACAGCCGCCGCGCGGGCGGCAAGCCCGACCAGGGGGUGGCUGAGGCGCGGGCACACCUGGGCAAACUUGCGGAGGCGCGCGGGCGGCACGCGGAAGCGGAGGAGCACUUCACGCAGGCGGCGGUGCUGUCACGGCAGAUCUUUGGCUCGCAGCACCCAGCAGUGGCGGACGCCCUGGCCGGCGUCGCGCGGCAGAUGGCCGCCACUGGCCGCCUGCCCGCAGCCGCCCAGCUGUCACGUGCGGCACACACCACGGCCGUGGCGGCGCUAGGACCCGGCGGGUCUGGUCUGGUGGACAGACUGGCGGCGCAGCUGGCGGACCACGAGGCGCGUCUGGCAGCGGCGGCGAAGGCAGUUAGGGCGGCGGAGGCUGAGGUUACGCGGCAGGCGCCGGCGCAGGGUCGGGAUGUCGUGUCGGUGGCUGAUGCGAUGCCGGCACAUGCGCAGGAGCUGGCGGCGGCAGCGGCAGAGGGGACACAGAGUUCAGCGGCGGUGGCGCCUGCUGCUGCGGAGGGUGCCGGCAGCAGGACUGCUGGUGCAGAGGGCGUGAGUGGUGGCGAGGCGUCAGCAGCAGGGGUUGCGGCCGACCCUACAGACCCCCUGGAGGCCAGCGGGGUGGAUGCGCCGCACACAGCAGUGGCCGAGGGCGGCAGGCGCCCAGCAGUUGCCGCCGCCGCGCCAGCGAGGUUGCCAGCAGCAGCAGCAGCAGCUGAGGGAGCUCACCCGGCUUCAGUGGCUCAGCGCGCUGUGCCUCAGAGUGAAACCGCAGGGGCCGCGGGGUCAGGAGCACACAAAUGCCACGGCGGCGGCGACGGCAGCGGCGGAGCGCCCGAUGCUGAUCAUGCCUGCGGGCCUGGCGUGGGCCCCGUUGAUGGUGAAGGUUCUAGUAGGGGUGACGAGGGUUGCGGGAACACCAGGAUGGCAAGCGGUGGAGAGGCGGCGGCGAGGCUUCUGGGGCCAGCACCGCUACCUAGCGGACAGCAGCAUGCAGCCUCAGUUGCUGUGAGGCCGCGGAGGCCGAGCAGCAGCAAAGGAACGGGCGGCAGCGGCGAGGAAAGCAACAGCAACGACAGCUGCACAGCUGGCGCAUCGGGCGUGGAUGCAGCGACAGGAGCAAGGAAGGCUCAACAGGGGCCGACGCUGGCAUGUGAUGACGGUGGCGAUGGUGGUGGUGGCAGUGGUGGGGGCUGCGGCGCUGUAGCUUGCCUGCCGCCACGCUGGCGCCGCAGUGGCAGCGGGGGACGGGCAUCGAACCGAGUGGCCCCAGCCCCUCGCGCGCCUUGAGCGUGUGGCGCUGUGUAAGGAACCUCAUGU